CCGUUGCCACGCCGAGCCAACCACAGCCGCAUCCCUCCCUCCCCCGUCUCGCGUCGCGGCAGCCAGCAAAGAGCUCUCCCCAGUUCCGAACCCCGCCGAGAGCUCCCUCCCCCCAAAAAUGCCCUCCGCCUCGCUCCUCCCCGUCACCUCCGCCGGGGCGCAGCCCUGCCCCACCAUGGCGCCGCCCCGCGGCCGGCGCCGAUGCUGCCGCGUCACGGCCGCCUUCGCCCCGUCGCCUUCCGUCGGCCUCGGCCUCGGCCGCCGCGCCGUCUCCCUCGCCGGCGUCGCCGCCUGGCUCGCCACUACCGCCGGCCGGGCUGAAGCCAGUCCGUUCGACAACUACGUCAAGAAGAAGAAGCUGGAGCCAUUGGAGACGUACGUCCCGGCUGUGCUGCUGACCCAAGACCAGUUCAGGGAUCUAGAGAAAUCCUUGGAAUUCGAGAAGCCAAGGUUUGAUGAGAGUAGAUCAUUGCUUCGUUCUGGUCCAGCAUCAUCUCUACGCAUCAAUAUUCGGGCAGUGGCACAAUAUGCUUCCAGUAAUGGCCAAGGCAAAACUGCCUCUGAUGCAGUGGAUGAAUGCUUACGAGCGUUGGAAGAUCUCGACUCGCUGCUACUAAAGGCUUCACGAAAAGACUCGUCAGCAUCUGUUGAAGUCAUGAGGAGCAAAAUCGCUGUAGCCCUUGGAGCACUAGACAACCUCCUGCAAACCGUGCCAUCAGCCGUUAUGGAUAAAGGAAAGGCAAUUGCUGAUGCAUACAGGACCCCUUCAGAUGGUUAUUAUGAAGAGGGUAAUGGCGCAGAGUUGGACCCCAGCCUGAAACAGCUGCAGGACAUUCUUUAAUGCUGAAUCUUGUUCAAGUUAACACAUCUUGUGUUGUUGAGUUCCUUCAGUAUGAUUGUAUUGCAAAGUAGAACCAAGUUCGUAGCAGAAUACGUACCUGCGGCAGUCCUUCUAGAGAAUAGUAUUAUUACUUUUCACUGUAGUAAACUGUACAUCAGAACACCGUUUUUCUAAUGUUUUA